AUGGAAUUUUUGCAAAAAUUAAUGGUGAUACCUCAAAAUAUCAUUAAUGCUUUUAAGAAUAUGAAAUCCUAAACAAACAAAGUUGAAAAUAUUUUUGUUGAGCCUCUUACUUUUUGCUAUGAAUCAAAAGUAGAAACAGUUCAUGUGAAAUAAUUUGAUCAUUUAGUAAAAAGAAAAAAAUUAACGAUGAAUUAAGAAACUCAAACAGAACCAUAGACUAAAAUUGAAUAAAUAGAAAAUAUUGAUUAAGUACCUGAGGUUGAUUCACAAAAGAAUCGUAAACUAAGAUUAGUCCCUUCUAAAUAAAAUAAAAAAUAAUAUAAAUUACUUACAAAAUAGAUUGUAUAAGAAGAAAGCUUAAGUAGAGCAUCUGAGUAAACAGAACCAUCAUAAUACUCAUAUUGCUAAAAUCACUUUUUGACAAUAUUAGAAUAAAAUGAAGAAUAACAUAAAUUAGAACAAAAAAAAAUAUACCAGUUUAAUAAGAAAAAUUAAAAAUAAUAUCGUAAUCAAAUACUUAAAAAUUAUAUAAACAAAUUUAAAGAUAAUUAUAUUGAUGAGAAAUAAAUACAGAAAUCUACAAGAACACAAUCCUCAGAUGAAAAAUAGAUUAGUAUUGAUUAGAAAGAAUUAAAUAAUAAUUAAUAGUAACAAACACUGGUUUGA